UCUACGUCGCCGUCGCCGUUGCCGUCGCCCUUUUGAUGCAAGAUCCUUGAGCGACGGCGAGCUCACUCGAAGCCUAUUGCUCCGCAUGCCAUCGCCCCACCUCUCGCCGCACCAUGGCCAGGCGCGGGGUCCCUCCUCAUCGCUGUGGGGCCAACCCCCAACACCUCGAUCAGCAUCAGGCGCCUCGACCUCAUCCUUUGGCGGCUUUGAUUCUCCACAACCCCAGCACUCACCACCAAUGACAGAAGCCCGCAGCGCAAGUCUAGAGGAACUGGCCUCUCUCUUCCAGGAAGUGGCCACCCUUGAAGCCCACCAGCUGGACGACAAGCUUCGUCUUGCCUCGCAUGUCCAUCGCCUCCUCGUUGAGAGUGGACAUGGUGGUCAUGCCAAGGAUGACUUUGCCCAAUGUGGUGGAUUUCUGGUCAUCGUCCAGAUCUUGUCCUCGCUGGCAGCCAGCGCGAGCUCGGAGGACAAGGACGAGGACGAGGAUAUUCAGGAGAGACUGCGCAUCGAGAUCUUGAAGAUGACACUCGGCAUCUUGGGAGAGGCCAUUGUCGAUCAUUCAGGAAACGAUCGAAUCUUUCUGGAUACCGUCGGAUGGGAUGGCCUUGCUACUGCUCUCAGACUAUCGAAUUUGUUCAAGACGUCCCCGGACCACUACAUUGCAGCUCUCCUAGGCCUGGCAUUGGGCGACAUCUCAACGUACUCGACUCGUAUGCGCUGUCCGCCGGAGGACGUUGCGCAGAUGUGGUCUGGCUACAUCGUGCACGCAGAGGCUGUCAAGCUGGCAUACCGAGAGACCAGGGACAUGGUGAAGACGGAUCUUCACGACGUCCUCGCAUCGAUCCUUGCACAACUUCUGCAGACAAGUGUAGCUAAUGCAGUAGCGCUGCGCCACGCAGGCUUCUCCGAAGUCGUCCUCGAGCAUCUCUUGUCUCAGCCACCGAGGGCAGGCUCGCCAUGGCUCGUCAAUGUACUCGAGCCCUUCUACCGUGUAGUAGGUGUUCCAGAUGCCGAUGGACAACGACUGCUGCGCUACGUCUCCUCAACCACGAGCCAAGACGAUCCCAUAUUUGCCCUCCUCACCAAGCUUGCCUCCUGCGACGUAGUACCGAACAGCACCACUCUAGACAUGACUCGUCACGGACAUGCGUCCAUCGCGCUCUCCAGCCUCUCGAAACCUUUCCCUCCAAUUGCGCCCCAGUCAGAUGGUUGGUCCUUCUUCACAGCAAUCAGGAUCGACAAGGCCGAUCCCACCGCCGCAAUUGAUCUGCUGCAUCUCUUUGACGCUCAACGAACAACGUCCACUCGACUGCUCCUUUCUCACGACGCCAGCCGGCUUGACUAUCAUUUCAAAGGCGACGAGCCCCCACUCACCUUCACCGGCAAGCCGCUGGACGAUGGUGGGUUCCACCACAUUGCCUUUGUGCACCGGAGACCACGGGGAAACGCUCAACUUUCACUCGCGCAAUGGUAUGUCGACGGCCAUCUCGUCGAACAGCACCACGCUCCUUGGCCUUCAUCCCCGCUCACGAGCGGCUCACCCACAAGGGCUGUAGUGGGUACCGCGCCUGUCGUCGCCUCUGGCAGCAAUGAACGUAGAUCCAAUCGGCAGGUCUGGACUGUCGGCCAAAUCUGCCUCAUGGACAUGGCUCUACCCCCCGACUUUCCCUUGAUUCUCUGCGAGCUGGGCAACUCUUACUGCGGCAAUCUGCAGGACUCGCUGGGCCGCUUCUUGACGUACGAGGCCAGUACCAAGAUCAAUUUGAGGCUCGACGCUGUGGCCAAAAGUCUCGCUAAAGAUGGGGCAGACGCUGAGCGUGAGCUGGCUCGUCAUCCCUUGGUAACCUCCGUGGCGGGGAGAUCGAGCGAGAUGUUCGCGGAGGAACACUUUUACUUUGCCUUGAAUGCAGGCUGUACAGCGCAGAGGAGGCGCUCGCCCUUGCAAGGCCAAGACUUGGAGGCAAGCCACCGACCAGGCACGACAGUCCUGCUCAAUCAAGCUGUUACACUCACCCGCGACGCUCUCGCCGCGUCAUUCGGGUACGCCAAACUGUACGGAAAUCCGAUUCUCAACUGCCCCCCACGCCUCGAGGACGUCGUGUGGAGAGCAGGCGGAACGGCCAUCUUGCUUCAGCUCGUCGGCUCCCAUGACCUUGUGUCGGCUCUCGACGUCUUCUUCAAGCUGCUCCGCAAGAGCUGGCGUCUAUGCGAGGAUGCUGAACAGAUACGGGCCUAUGAGAUGCUGUGCCUCAUUCUCCGGCAAAGAGCGGACAAAGUUUCCCUCGCGGUGCUUGAAAUUCUCCUCAAGGCAGUCGGUGUAGACCCCCAGCUCCCUGAACGAGCCGCCCUGGUCAACCCAUUCAUGUAUCGCGUCGUCCUACUGGACUUCGAUCUGUGGGCGCAGACCACAGAAGAAGUGCAGAGGGCUCACUUGGGUCACUUCGCCCUGCUCCUCAAGACGUCCAAGCAUCGCCGCUUCAACAUCAAGAGGCUCAACAGGAUGCAGAUCGUCAAACGUCUGCUCUGGCGAAUUGAAGCAGCCACACCGAGUGCGGAUCUGGCUCGCCAUGUCACUGAGGCUCUGCGCGUUCUUCUCGUGGCAUCGUGGUCGGAAGCAUCGCUCAAGGUGGCUACAGCGUACCUCGCUGCUCGCCUUGUCCACCCAGAUGAGCCAGCUGCCAGAGCGUCUACAUCCACAUCGGCGCUCCCUCCCCGUCCACGCCCUCGUCGCACUGCGACACUCGGCCCCGAUGAUUCACCUCGCAAGCCUACGAUCUCUCUGCCGCUUAGCGAUGAUCCGGAGCUGACGCCGUCGAAGAUGGCUCUCAAGGUGUUUGAAACUGUCGCCUCUCUUGCUCUGGAUCGACCGGCUUUCCUAGCCAAGCUCGGCCAGACGAUCAACGUCAAGUGGAUCCUCCUUUUCUUUCACCCAAGAGCAGAGCAAGGCUCAGCAGUCAUUGCUCUGGAGCUCCUUGCGCUCAUCCUCAUCCGCCAUCCAGUGCACGUAGAGCGGGUGACAGCUGCUGGCGGGUGGAAGAUUUUGGAGCGUCUUGUGCCUCGUCAUUGGGAGGAGCCACUGGUCAUCCCACUACUCUUUUCCGCGCUCUUUGGCCAGCAACGGCAGCCCAACACCGGGCUCACGCAAGCUUUCGCCCCGCCUCACGAGGUACAUUGCCCACCCAUGCUGCGGGUCAUCGUCGCCUGCUUUCGCGAAGCAUUGAAAGAUGCGGCAUCGAGCGCAGGAAGAGGGUCACGCUCUGCCAAUCGACCGCGACCUUCCGACAUGCUGGACGUACCCACGAAGAGGAGCAAUCGGCACGCGCGAAAGAGAAGCAACUCGAUGAACAUCGAUACGCAGACGCUUGCGGCUACGUUCCGCGACACGAGCCAGCAAGUCCUAGUCAAGGAGACGGCAGCCCUCAUCGAAGCCCACUCGUCCGAUGUGGCAUGGCGGGAACUUCUCUUCUCGCCUAUCGUCCUGCGGGGUUUGUGCGAAGCGGUCGAACCGUAUGUUCAGUCGCCGCAAGCGCUGAGCGAGGCAAACCCCCCUGGAGCAGAUGGCGCAGCGACGGACGACGUCUUCGAAAACUGCUGCAAUGCCCUCCUCGACCACCUCGCUCGUCUGUCGACAGAAAGCAUCUUUCUGACAGGCAAAGGCAACAUCAUUUCCGCUCUGAUGGCCGCAAUACCACCCAAGGACCUUGCACGCCAGGGCAGCUUCCGCUUCACGCUGACGAGCAAGCUGCUCUCGUCCAUCUCGCUGCAGCUGGCCGCGGCGAAGAGGAACAAGAUGGUCGUCUCGCCGGCUGCAUUCACUUCGUUGGCCACAUUCAUUGAGGAGGCCUCACACGACAUCCUGCACGGGUCUGCGCUUGAAGACACGCUCUUCGCAACUAUCACCGAUCUGCUCACCGACCUCGAUGAGCGUACCUGCCAAGAGGCCAGUGUCAGCCUGCACAGCAGCCUCAACCGCAUCGCGCUGUACCGCCUCUCCGGAAAUGCGGCCGUGCUCGCCACGCUGCGGCAGAUCCUUCAUUGGCAGACGCUGUUCCUAGGAUCAAAUCCCGAUCGAGUCUUUGUGGAGUGCCUCACCAAUCGCAUCUUGCAAUCUUCACGGCCAGAUUCGCCCGACGUGCGCAAGGCUUGCCUGGACAUUUUCAAGCUGAUAGCUCUGUCCAAGCCCGAGGUGGCGGAGAAGUCUCUCCCCGAGGGCAAAAGCCUGGAUGACGUCUUCGGCGCAGGAAGCCAGCUAUUGCAGGAGAUGGCGUUUGUUGAGGAGGACAACCUCCCGUACCAUGCAGUGUGGCAAGGCUUCCUCAAAUCUGCCGAUACCCUGCAGACGGCCUCGCACCUGGAGCGCGUAGCACAGCUACGGCGCAUGCUCGACCAGUCUGAGUCGCGAGAAAAGGCCAUCGCAACCACAGAACGUCGCAUGAUGUCCUGGCACGCCGGGGUAGUAGCUGCGGAGGAGAGUCGACGCCUCAAGCACGUAUUCGAUGUGCACGAGCUGCAGACCUCCGCUUCGCAGGGCUGGACGAGGAUUGUGGACGCUUUGCACGAGGAAAGGGCGCUACUCGGGAGUGACGGGAUGCAGAAGACGGCCAAGGCCUGGCAACUCGACCCAACCGAGGGGCCGCGUCGUAUGAGGAAGAGGUUGAUGCAGCAGCCAAAGACGACGCAGGUUGAUGUGGCCCCAUAUCGAGAAGCGGAGACAAUGCCCAGUACGCCCAUAAUGCCUCAGCAUGGCGAUGCAUGGGGCAGUAUUGAGGCGGAAGCGGAGGCCGAGAACGAGAACGAGAACGAGACCGACGCUGCCGUUGGCUCGCUCACAACCUCAUUGUCCGCGACGACCUUGAACCCUUCGACUGCGACGGACAUCACCGGAGUCGAGCCCGAUACAGACGACCACGAGCACAAGUUCCGCAAGGUGCUCCGCUCCCUGGAAAGGGGCGACCGAGUUGAGGGGGUAGUCAACGCCAGUAGGGUCGUAGGCAUCGAUUGCCGAGCCGCACUGUGCAUAACGGGCGCGCUCAACUUGUACCUCGUGGACGACCUCUUUCAAAAGGCCGACGGCGAACUGGUGAAUGUUUGGCAGGCACCUGAGGCAGAGAGAGACGCUCAUGUCCUUGCGGCACUGUCAUCCGAGUCGGAUCAGCCUUCGUCACUCAUUGCGCAGCUUGAAGGAGAUGCCCAGACGCGCAGAUGGCCGUGGACUUCACUCAAACGGGUGCACCGUCGCUUUUUCCUUCAUCGUCGGACGGCAUUAGAGCUCUUCUUUGACGAUGGGCAGAGCUGCCUGCUCGUCUUGCCAACGGUCGUCAAGGCGGACGCCCUUCUACGCGACCUCGAGUCUCGCUGUCGGGCAGCCAUCAAUGGCGCUGAGCAGAUGAGGGCUGGCAUCAAAGAACCCGCGAUGCAGUCCACGACGAAGGGCGCUGUGAGUGGUUUUGGUGCUCGAUUGGGAGCGGCCCUCGGACGGCAGCAAGCAGGAGUCAUCACAGAAGCGUGGCGGCAGCGCAAAAUCACCAAUCUCGACUACCUGAUGCGCCUCAACACCCUCGCAGGGCGGAGCUUCAAUGACCUCUCACAGUACCCGGUCUUCCCAUGGAUCAUUGCCGACUACACCAGCGAGGAGCUUGACUUGUCAAACCCGAAGACGUACCGCGACCUGUCCCUGCCAAUGGGUGCCCAAUCGAAGCAGCGCCAGCUGCAGUUCGAGGAGCGCUAUCAGUCUCUACUCGAAAUCGACGAGACUCCCUUCCACUAUGGCACCCACUUCAGCACCGCAGCAACCACGGCCGGCUUCCUUAUUCGACUUCGUCCCUUCGAGAAGCUCCUCAUUGCCCUGCAAGGCGGCACUUUCGACCUGGCGGAACGCACAUUCUCUUCCAUCGAGCGCGCCUGGCGCUCCUCCUCGGAGCUCUCGAGAGGAGAUGUCCGUGAGCUCACGCCGGAAUUCUUCUACCUCCCUGACUUCCUAGCCAACAAGAAUCGUUUCGACUUUGGCUCUACGCAGGCUGGCAGCCAGAUAGACGACGUCGAACUGCCACCGUGGGCCAAGGGUGAUCCGCUUGUCUUCGUGCAAAAGAAUCGGGAAGCCCUGGAAAGCGACCAUGUCUCAGCGCGGCUGCAUCACUGGAUCGACCUUGUCUUCGGGUACAAGCAGACAGGCCCAGAAGCAGUCAAUGCAGUCAAUGUCUUCCACCCCCUCUCCUAUGCUGACGAGGUCGACUUGGACAGCAUCAAAGACCCCAACGAGCGACGCGCUGCGUCGCAAACGGUGUGGAAUUUUGGCGUCUGCCCUGCCCGACUCUUCGAGCGACCCCACGUAGCGCGGUACGGGUGCCCGACGAAUCGAAUCGACUUCCACUCGACGCCCUGGCUGGCAAUCCAGAGCGUGGCACCCGUCCGCACAAUGAAGGCGAGCUGUCACUUCAUCUACGUCAGUGACAACUUGGGAGCAUUCGCGAGCAACGACCGCUGCCCAGCUUACAGUUCUCCGUCCGACUAUCUUAUCCUGCCCAAGCUGGGUGUUUCGCUUUCGGCCGGGCACCUCGAUGGGUCUCUGCGCAUGUUCAAAUCGAGCGAUCCGCAGCGGGCCGUGUGCGUGGCUGAGCAAGCGGGCGUGGAGCGCGUACUCUGUUUGAGGCAGACAGGGCCAUCUACGGUCGCAGUAGGAUGCAAGGAUGGACUAGUACUACUCUGGAAGGUGGACGCAGCGAAGAAGGAACUGUCGAUGAUAGGGGCAGGCGGGAGCGGGGCAGGGAGCAAUGCAGCCGGCGGUGGGCUUCAGCAGGCCGCCGGCGUUCUGAGGGGCCACAAGGCGCAGGUCAACUGCAUCGCUGCUUCGCAGAAUUGGCGCAUCGCUAUCAGUGGGAGCGAUGAUGGGACCGCGAUUGUCUGGGACACAAAUCGAGGUGCAUACAUCCGCACGCUCGCCGGUAGCCAGCCAGGUAGCGCGCCGGUCCUCCAUGCCGCCAUUGACGAGGAGGAAGGCUUCAUCGCCACGUACGCCGGGCCGUCUGUGACCUCAGCAGCAGACAACAAUGGCUCAGAAGGGGAGCUGCGGCUGUGGACUGUCAACGGCGAGCUUCUGGCUCAGUACGAUGGGGUCACCAGCGCCGCCGGGCCGGUCACGGCCCUGGCUUUCCUAUCGUCACCGACGCCAGCAUCAGGAGGCAGACUUGCCGUCGUGCUCACAGGCCAUCCGCAGGGCAAAGUCGUGGCCUGGAGCUGCGACCACGCGAGUAGUUCAGCUUCGGUCAAAGGACCCAAGUGGCGUCUCGUGCCGUACCAUAUCUUCGAGCACCAGGAUCGCAUCACGCCACUGCUUUCUGGAGGAACCUCGUCAGCCUCGAAUGGCACGUCUCACGCAGCCAUACCUGUCACCUCGACGAUCACCUCCAUCCUGCACGUUGUCACAUCGGCUGCACCAGCAUCUUUGUCUGGCAGCUCAGCCGCAGCGAGCUCGUCGUCGUCCUCUUCGACGAAUCUAGAGACGCCACCUCCUGGAACGACAAGCGCAACGGGCCGUUCUUCCAUCCUCCUCGUGGGCGACUCAGCAGGCCAACUCUUUUCAUGGUGUCUUGCUGGACAAGGCAACUUCCUCCCGCACUCAAUGACCGCUCCAGCAGCAGAGAGCAACGGUAGCGGCGCUCCGUCAGCUUCAUCCGUCGCUUUCGCUAAUGUGGACAUCGCGUCCAUAUGCCACGGCUGUGGAAAGCGCAAAUGGGGCUACCUCGAGUCGAAGAAGACGUGCAAGGGAUGCGCGGCUACGCUUUGUGGACAGUGUGUCGCGACAACAUCGGCGGGUGGCGGUACGGGUAGCGGUUCUGCCCCUUCUGGUGAUGGGACUUUGCGCUGGUGCAGGCCGUGCAAAGAUGUAUGGCAGAUGGCCGUUGCUUGAUGUGACGUGGCUGAUACGAAUGAUGAUGAAUGUAUGAUGAUGAUUGCAAG